CGGAACAUCGCGAGUGCUCAGUACUUUGCAUUCUUCCGCGACACCGUUACAGUUACAGAGUAGUGCGUAGCGCCGGACACUGCCAUACGGUAUGGUUAACUAUACUCAUUGAUUAUUGGUGCUACUCGCUCGCUAACGAACGGUGUUUUCCAACUCGACUGAAUGUACGUGAAACUCCAAGGCUGGGUCACGAAGUGACAUUGGAACUCCGCUCACCACCACGCAACGUACAACGUAAAUUUCCGUCAUAGAAAGUGGCAAAGUGUAGAGAAAGGCGAAGGCAAAGUGUGCAGGCGAUUCGCAGCAGCAUCGUCAUAAUUUGAUUUCUUAUCGUUUCGCGACUGCGGGGCAGAAGCCUUGCCUUGCGUUCCUGUUCCUUGCGGUCUACUAAACCUUUACUACGUGCCGUAGCCUUAAGUGCGCGUGUGAGGGUUGCUAAUUUAGCUUAGUCUGGCCUGACGGGGCUCGUGCGAUAUAGGACGAAACAGCAGAGUGUGUGCGGUGUUUUGUCAGUGACGCUACUUGCUUCUCAAAGGAACUGUUUUGUGCUCGGCAGAAGUCACUAAAACGUUCGCAUUUAGCAUUUUAGACGACGGCGGACCACCAAAGCAAACCGAACUAUGAAACAAAUCCCCUUGACCUGCUCCGGGCACACCAGACCCGUGGUACAUUUGGAUUUCAGCGGCCUUACCGAGUGUGGAUAUUUUCUCAUAUCGGCUUGUAAAGAUGGCAAGCCGAUGCUGCGAAUGGGCGACACCGGCGAUUGGGUUGGCACGUUUGAGGGCCAUAAAGGUGCCGUUUGGGGGGUGGCAUUAAACGACGAGGCCACGCUGGCCGCGUCCGGUGCAGCCGAUUUUACGGGUAAAAUCUGGAAUGCCGUGACGGGCGAGGAAGUCCACAGUUUACAGCACAAUCACAUCGUGAAAACGGUGGCAUUUAGUCACGAUAGUCAGUUGCUGGUCACCGGUAGCAACGAGAAGCUGGUGCGGGUGUUCGAUCUCAGCUCGGAGGGUAAAGCACUGGAAUCGUAUACUGGCCACGCAGGCAGUGUCAAACGAGCACUCUUUUGUCGGAACGAAAAGUGCGUCAUCAGCUGCGCGGACGACAAGUCCUUGCGCCUGUGGGACCGCAGCUCCGGGCAGGAGGUGCAGCGCGUCGAGUUCACAUCCAAUCCCAAUGGUCUCGAGCUGUCCAAGGACGGAACGAUACUCACGGUUACGUACGGCACCUGCGUUUCGUUCUAUGAGAUGGAAACGCUGCAGAAGCUCAAGGAGAUUGUCAUCCCGACGCGCGUAGCCUCGGCCAGUUUGCAUCCGGACAAGCAGAUGUUUGUGUGUGGUGGAGAGGACUUUAAAAUGUACAAGUACGAUUACAUUACGGGCAACGAGAUUGAAUCCUUCAAGGGCCACUUCGGACCUGUACACUCGGUCAGCUUCAGUCCGGACGGUGAGCUGUACGCCAGUGGGUCUGAGGAUGGCACACUGCGCCUGUGGCAAACGACCGUCGGUAAAACGUACGGACUGUGGAAGUGUACGGAACCGACGGAUCUUAACAAUUCCGCCACCGUCAAUUGUCCGCCACCAGCUGCCCCCUCUACACCGGUCACCGCGAACUGAGCCACUGCACGACGAUGUAUACAGGAGUGAUCUUCAAACGAGAAACAGUCUGUACUGACAAAAACGUGUCGUUCGUGACAAAAGCCCCGUAGUGAAACGGUAACAAUAAUCUUCCACCGUCGCCAUUGGUUCCGGACGCCACCCUUUGCACUUCAAGCGGACGAGAUUUGUAUUAUGGACUUAAGAUCCACAGUAUGUGUGCAGCGAACAGAAUCCGGGCACCAUGCAACAGCAUCGAUCUGCUCCGUAGAAGGAGCCUUUCCCCAUUCAGUAACCCAUAUAAUCAUUCUCGGAUGAAGCAGCGAAUGGCGUUGGCCAAACGACGUGAAAUGACGAAAUCCAUUUAUUUAUCUGCGGAAAGAUGUGAGUGAGAAGUGCUUUUAAUUUGUUGCAAA